AUGGGAAUUCAAUUGGCUUGGACCGAUUCGGGACCAAAUAAUACUUUGGAGUGGGCGCCACCUAUACGAGUGAUUUCAGUUAUCACAUUAUUUGCAUCGACGCUUGACCUUAUGGCAGAUUUCUUACUAUGUAGUAGAAUAGCAGAAUAUUUGCAUAAUUUCCAAAGUGAUAUUGCCUAUUAUGCCGCAUAUGGCUAUUUUUUUUUCACUGGCGUCUCAGUUCUAGUUUAUAUAUUCGAAAUGACCGACGUUUGUCUCACGCUAAAAAAUGACGUGGAAAAUGUAUUUAUGGCUCGUCUUGCGAAAUCUUUGGUACUUGCAGCGGAAGAGGUUCCACUGCCUGGACUUUUAUAUGUGUUAUUCACAAAUGAACCUAGAAUGUCUCUCGCUAAUCCUGUAUUUCUGGCUUCUUGGAUAAAACUAAUCGCUCUAUCAUGGGGCAUUGUCAAAUUCACAAAACUUCGCUUUUUUUGGUGCUGUUUGCCGCUAAAUGCAAAGCAUGACACAAGGGAGAACUUGCGGCGAUGUUUCGAACUAACUCUCUACCGGGUCACCAUGAUCUUCGUUAAUUUUUGCCACAUUCUUGCCAUUCUUAUUGUCAUUAACAAUAUUGUGGCUUCAAGCAAAGGUGGAAAGCCAAUUGCACCAAAUUCGCAUUCAUGA